GAGGAAGACGUCCCACUUUUCAACUUGGAUCUCCUGAACAUCAAGCCUGCGGAUCGCCAAUGGUUCAUGGACGUCAAUAUUGCUGUACGCGAACUGGCAAACAGUCCGGAUAAUCCAAAAGACUACAGCUACAUCCGCCGCGUUGUCUCGAACGCCGCUCAUAUCCUCAACGACGAAGUGAAGCAUUAUGAAUGGGCUCGCAAACUCGACCCCCUCAUCAUAUGGGUUUCAUGCAUGGUGCAUACCGUGAGCAGGCAAUUGUACCGAGCUGCGGAGAAAUCAUGCGACCCACUUGAUGUCAUUGACGAAUUUCUCAAGUCUUACAUCUGC